CCUGCUUAUCAUAAAAGAAUUUUUACCACCGCGAAGUGCCUAUAACAACCUAAAGUUAGUCAGCAGCCGGCACCCGAGCGGAUCGGUUGUGCGCUCUCGGGCAGAGCGUAACAGAUAAUAUAGAUAAAUAUAGUUAUAAGGUUCUUACUAUUUUAGACUCUGUAGUUCUCUGAAGUAAAGGAAGGAACACCUUAAAAGUAAGAACCAGUGGAGAUAGUGUGAUAAAUUUUAAUAUCGAAGAAGCAGAAUGAUUGGUAUACGGUUCUUGCCAGUUUUGAUCUUCGAUUUGAUUAUGAUUCAAGAUCAUUUUGUCACUACUUUGCCAGCACGUGAGCAAGAUGAUACGGGUUACAGAGUACCCAGGAGUAACGAACCUUUGGAAAACAGCAAACCUGUAGACCAGAUAAGUGCUGAGGUUGCUGAUGACAGAAACAACGACGGUGUCCUAUGCAUCAUUGAGUUUGAUUCUGAGUUUAAAGUCAAUGCUGAGGUUGGAGACGUUUCAAAAGACAGCGAAUACGUGGAUACCACUGAAAGUUCUGCUGAUGCUGAAGUACAAACUACCCUGGAUCCAUGGUCCGUUGUUUGGUACAUAGGAUCAUUUGGUGGACUCGUGACAUUUUUCUUGGUUGUCAGUUGCUCAGAGUGGUGUUGUCGGCGUGGUACGUCACGAACAUUAUCACCAGGCCGUCAUACAGAACCAAUGAUGGGAACUUGUACGUCAGCGACGACGACUGCUGGUGUAUCAGAUACGCCACCACCUCCUUAUCACCUCUUCGCACCACCUGCCUACGAUUCUAUUGAUUAUUCAGAAGUGGCGGACAAACAUCAUAUUGAAAAAUUGAACGUAUUCGUCAUAUCUGUUCCCAACCGUAACCCGUAAUCAGAGAGAAGAGGACGGCAUUGGAAGUGUCGAGCCUUUGGAAAUGUUCAUUGUCUACCGAGAUCUCAGGGUGAAGUCUAGAUACCAAUGAUGUUCAGGGUAGUGGAAUUGCCUUCUGUACAAAGAAUUAUUGGUUACUGAUUAUCAAUAUGAUUUAUAGUGAGUCAGUUCCAAAAUGGCUAAUGAUAACUACAAGUUCUUUGGGUACGUUUCGAAAUUGAAUAUCAGUACUACGUAUAAUUGUAUUUCGGUCAGUUGAUAACGGUAAAUGAAGACAUGACGAUACUCUAAUAAGGGUAGUAAGUGUGAAGAAGGAACAAUUAAAAUUCUGUAGGAAAUGAAAGAUGGAUGCGAUGGUGUUCUCUUAUGGAGAUUUGUACAUAGAAUGUUAUGUAUUAUAUUAUAUUAGUAUCUAUAAUGUAUAUAGCUUGAUACUCAUUAGAACAUUAAUUUUGGUGCAUCUACGUCACUCUACUUGUAAUGAAAAUCGAUCGAUCGUGGUAGCUGUUGGUUCUUGUGAUUCAUUAUGACGUUAGUGAGGACGUAUCGUUUGACCUCAAUCGGCACCGUCUCUUCAAGGACGUCAAUUGCACCCAAUUAUAAAGAAUUGCGGUGGAAGCCAUCAAAAGAUCUUCAGGCAUUUAUAAUGGAUGAACUAUCGAAUAGGAAAUAUAUAAUUUGCAUUGUUAUAAGGAAAACAAACAAACAGCCUGUACCUGCCAUUAUUGAUACGAAUGCUGAGACAUACGUUGUUUCACGUUUGUAACAAUUAUGUUCCGCUUGAUAUAACGAUGGAUUUCCAAAGUUGAUCUCACACAGUCGCUCAAAUAAAUUUGAUGGAAUUUAUUACUGUUUUAACUCAGCGUGCCCAAACUCGAGUGUGACCCACCCAAAACCCGUCUUGUACUCGGUGUUAAAAUUUUAUGUCACGCACGCCAAGUUAAUGCUAUAAUUUACAUUCGUAUAGGUGCGGAAAACGUGUCUUUAUAAGAUAAAUAUAUUUUUUGUACUUUUAUAUGCAUGUAUGUAUAUAAAUAUAUAUAAAUGCCAUGAGAGCAAGGAACCUUGCUAAAAAUAAAAUGUAUUUACAUCAGUA